CUCUCACCGCUCCGCCGCGUCGCGGUCUUCCCGUGAUGGACCUCGAGGUGCAGCUUUGAAGGUGGGAUGUCCAGUCAACCCCGUGCUCCGCGAGAGCCAAAAGAGCCGCGUGAGGGCCGGGAACGAAGUGAGAAGGACCGCAGGGAGUCUCAGAGAUGGGCGACGGCUAUCAAUUGCUUGGGUUCCGGCCAGGGCCGGGAACGAAGUGAGAAGGACCGCGAACGGCGGCAUCGCGAGGGCAAAGAGCACCGUGACAAACCGCGACCGCCGCCUCCAGAGGACGAAGCGUUCCUGGAUAGCAUCAUCGCGGACUGCACCGACAAACCUCCGCCACCGCGCCCCGGCCCCGACGCUCAACGAGACUUGCCGAAGCGCCCCUCCUCCCGUGCCGAGCAGUGGCCCAAAGAGGAUGGCCGGCGCCCGGCGAGGCCCAGUCGACCUCCGGAGGAGGCUGAGCGACCAGAGGCCCCAAGCGGUCCUUCGCCCGAACGGCCGCGGCGCAGGGCAGAGGGCGAACGCGGGGAGCGCGGGGAACGCGGGGAACGCGGGGAGCGCGGCGAACGCGGCGAGCGGCGAGAACACAAGGAAAAGAAGGAACGCUCCGAGAGGGACCGCAGUGAACGCGCGGCUCGGGAGCGUCCUGAGCGACCCAGGGACGAGGCGGAGGCUGCGCGCCCGCGCGCGCCUGAAGCGCCGCCGGAGAGGAGUGCAAAGCCCCGCCGGCCGCACAAAGAGGCGGCGCCUGCAGAGGCAGCGCCGGCCAACUCAGCUGCACCGGAGGCGGCGGAGUUACCGGCGGGAACUCGGGCGUUUAGGCAGGGGCCCUUCAACUUCCCCACGACCAAACUACUUCGAUAUUUUCACCACGAAUCCGCUCCUCCCGUGGCUCCUUCGCAACCUUCGCCCCCGGUGGCAACCCAUGGGCCCAAGGUUGAAGCACCCCGAGUGGAAGAGGAACAGAUCGAAGUCCACGUGCCCAUUCCUUCUCCACCUCAUCACCAGGCGAUCCUCCGAGGUUUUUACGCUGUGAAACGCAACGAGUUACGAAACUCGCAGAAGGCUCAAAACGCCCGCGCUGGCCCCGCGCCGAAGUUGGGUCGUGGUGCAAAAUCGGCAUCGCGCGGCGCCCGCAGGAUGUCGUUCCGUGAGCUCCGGAAUUUCUGCGAGAUGAUGCGGCCCUUGGGGUAUCAUCGCCUGGUGUCAAUGGACAACUUUCGAACCCCAAACUUCGAGUUGGUGGCCGACAUCUUGGACUGGCUACUGCACCGCUUUGAGCCUGGCAUCGCCAUCCCCGAUGACAUCAGCACUGAAGCACACCGCGUGCUCUUCAUCAAAUCUGUGGUGGAGAAAGUGGUGUUGAAGACAGGCUUGAAACUCAAUCCCAAGAAGCUUUAUGGUGCAGAUGGCUAUGCAGUCAAGGAGCUGCUGCGCCUGGCCUCGGUCCUCUACGAGGCGCAGAAAUCCGUGGGCGACGUGGCGCUGGAGCCGCGCGGCGAGGACUUCGCGCUGAACUCCAAGUUAGCCGACCUGAAGAGCACGAGAUCUUUAUGCUCGCAGAUCGUUGAGAGUGGCGCCAUGCUUUUCGAGCUCCUACAAAAGGAGCAAGAAGUGAGACAGGACAGGGAGAAGGCGUUGACCUUCCUGGAUGGUAUGUCUCGCAACCUAGGGAGCGAACGUGAGAGCGAAAUGGUCGAAACAGCAGUGAAACAAUUGCUGGGGAGCCACGGUCAAAGCUUGGAACAGUUGAAACAGAUGUCCGAUGAAUUGCAGCGAGACGAGAAGAGUUUAGAGGGAAAGAUCAAGAAGAAGAAACAGGAGUUGGAGCGUUGCCGCAAGCGUCUGGGAAGUCUGGCCAGCGUCCGUCCCGCCUUUAUGGAUGAGUAUGAACAGCUAGAGCAAGAGUUGGAGCGCUUCUAUGAACAGUACGUGGGUCGAUUCCGCAACCUGGACUAUCUCGAGCACGAAAUUGACGUGCUCAACAAGGAGGAAUCAGAACGAAUGGAGGAGAACGAUCGCGCCCUGAAACGCAUGCAGAAGAGGUUGCGCGACGAAGAGUGGCGGCUCCUCAGGGGUGAAGAGGACGAGAAAGGCAAGCCGCGAAAGCCCAAGAAGAUCCACGGCCAGAAAAGAUGGAUGCCGCCCUCCGCAGCGGUGGACGGCUCCAUGGAGGCGGGCGACGACGAGGAGUCUAGUCCGGAAUCGGGCAGCAGCGAUCCCCCCAUCAGCGUAGGUUCCGAGGACAGCGCCGGUGGCGUGCUGGGCGGCGGGCUGGGCGGACUUGGAGAACGUGAGCGUGCUGUCUCUCCGCCGGAAGGCUCCGUGUUGAUUGGUGGCGGCAACAGCGUGUCCGAAGAUGACAUUCUCAACGAGUCCGAGGAAGACGAGCUGUCGGACGAGGACAUUGGUGGAUCUGGACGUCACCAACCCGGCAGUGACUUCGAUUUCUGAGGAAAACUCGAGGUUCACUGGGGGAAGGUUGCUU